UGACGUCACUCCCGGAAGUUUUUGUUUUCUCGUCUGUCUGCGCUGUCAACAUUCCAGUGUCCAGCGUCACCUUCCAGUUUUUCCUGGCAAAAACCGCGGCUGUUAUCCCUUAUAAAUCGUGGACACUAGACCUCUAACUGAGGACAGCGUUUUAACACGGUCUUCAAUCUGCUUCACAGCCAUGGAACAUCAGGCUGUGGAUGAUGACAUCUGCAUCCUCAAACACGAGACGGCCGACACGGCCGCGGGAGAGAGCCCCGUAUCGGUGUGCGCCGGCGAUGAAUCUGUAGCUUCUCAUUUCGCCCUGGUCACAGCCUAUGAGGACAUCAAAAAGCGCCUGAGAGAGACUGAGCAAGAUAACACUUUCCUUAGGAAACGAGUUAAGCAGCUGGAGGAUAAGCUCUUCCGGCCAGAGGUUUCAGAGGGUCCCCAAUAUGUCAACAAGGCCUUCAGCGCAUAUCGAGGUAUAUAUAUUGAAAAGGAGGACCUGCAGAUGGAGCUAAACAAGCUGAAAAAGGAGAAGAGUGAGAGCGAGAGGCUCCUGACAGAGCAGCUUCAAAGCAAAGAGCUGGAGCUGCUCCAGCUGAGGACCGAGAUGGAGACCAGCCAAGUCAUGAAGAGCUUGAACAGUCCUCAGGACUCUUGGCAGAUGGACUGUGUCAGUGCUCAGCGAAAAAUCCUUCAGCUUCAGGAGGAGCUGGACCGCUUGUCCCUGAAACACAGCGAGCAACUGGAAAUGAGAGGGGACGAAUUGUGUGACCUGAACGGACCUAACUCGGAACACAAUCCCAGGGAGAGGAGCAUGCAGCAGGCGUACGAGACUUUGCAUUCUGAGAUCGCCCGUCUCCGUUCAGAGCUCAGGCACCAAAGAGGCCUGAUUCGGAGGCUCGGACCAUUGAUCAGUGACACAAGACGAGCAGGUCCAAUUCAGUGUCCGCAAGAGACGGAGAGCAAUCGGCACGCAGUCGUUCAGGCUCCGCUACCUCAUCCCCCCCCCGCGUUGCCCUCGUGUUCUGGCCGCCCCUGCCCACCCCCCGCGGGUGGCCAGACUAGCGCCUUGCUGCCGGACAUUUUGCGAGAGGACUGCUGGUGUAACGGUCCGUGGCCAACGCAGCAGUGCUCCGGCGAGGCUUUGGCCAGGAACGAGGCCUCUUCUGUUGUUUUGCCGCCGCCGCCCCUGAACCAGGCCUCCAUAGAUGACAGCUGCAGGUCCUUCCCUAGUCCCCCCAAACCGAGUGACGCCCUUUUCUGGGAGCUACACUCGGCCGCAUCCAAUUCUUCUUCUUUGAAUGGAAACUCUAGUCCUAGGAGCCCUCCCAAUACAGAGUAUAUCAAGCGCUUUUGACUUUGCGAGCACGUAGUCUGCCUUAAAUGAACAAUACCGCUCCCCCGUGGGAUGUGUGCCAAUCAGAACGAGGCCAGAAGAGCAGCCAUGGGAAAACACUUGCCAGUGCCAAGGGAGCAAACGCUCACGGACGUCAGGGUUCAUCGGGGUCGCUUCCAGGCGGCACGUCCCCUCCCUCCAGACGUUUGUACGGUGAACGUACAGGUGAAUGCAACAUUUAUGCCCUUGAGCAAACUCUGAUGAGAACACCUUAUUUGGUAGCUUUGCAAAUACUGGCAGCGGGGCACGCGACAUCUCUUCCACACAGCUCUGAAGACGAGGGAUGGCUGUCGUUAAGAUUUGCAGCGUUGUUUUCAAACCGUUGAAAUCGCCAUGCAACAUUCAUGCCCAAUAAAUAGAAACAAUGUUUUACAGA